AGGCAAACCCUAAUUAGAACCAUGUCGAUCUCUGGGCCGGUGCUGAGCACUGAGGAGGAAAAGCAGAUCUGUCAAAAACUCGCUGUAUGCUCUUCAGUUCUCUUUCAUGGUUCUUCAUACAUAUGGGUAUCCAAUUACAUCGAGGUUUUUCUUUGGUACGCAUGCUUGAGUAAGGGUAUUCAAUCCAUUGUUGUUUUUGUGUUCUGUUUUACCAAAAAUUUUCUAGAGCGCACCUCAAAUCAAUUAUGUCUGAAUGUUCUUGGUCUUCUGAUCGUUACUAAAUGUUGAAGGUUCGUGUUUUUCUGGAUCUGAACUCCGUUCAUGAUUUUGCAACUGAGGCAAUAUUUUUGGGAUGGAGGGGGUAUUCCCUUAUAUUUUCAAAGAUAAAAACACUCAAAUUAGUUAUGUUUUUGAAACAUCAUAAGAUUCAAAAGGCAUGACAUCCUAAAAAUGAAACCAUUUGGAGUCAUUGUCACAAUUAGCUCAUUCUUCCUGCUCUCUACGUAAGAUGCUAUUCUUUGUCGAUAUGGAAAGGUUAAUACUCUCACACCACCCAAAUAAAAUGCGGCAAAGCCUCAAAGGAAACCAAAUAACUAACAGUGAAAUUGGUUGAGGCUUUUUCAUUACUUCAUUCUUUAUAUGCAUCAGCUUGUGAUGGGAGGCAUUUAAAAGGAUAAUGUUGGGAAUGUACAUGUAAAUAUAUACUCCGUAGUUUUUUUCUUUGUUGGAUAAAAAAUCGGAUGUACCUGAAGUCUUGAACCAAAAUUUACCUUGCCCAGAUGGAGUGAGGAGGCUCCUAGGUCUCAAGAAUGAUUUUGUUCCUAAAAAAAUGUGGCCUGCAUCUCACAACACCUUUAGUUUUAUGCAAUACACCAUGUCAAACAGUGGUUGCAAGAGUUUGUCAGUUCUGUUCCGUCCAUCCUUCUCAUGUUUACCAUUGAUUAGUAUUCCAUUUAGAUGAUUUGUUUUGCUCCAAAUCCAAGCUUUUAUGCCUUCAACUGCUGCAGAUUGCUCUAAUGAGAGAUAAAGUAAAGGUGAUUGUCCAUAAUAAAACAGCUCUCUUUGAUGAGCAAGUAAUGUAUUGACCUUGUUGAAGUAUUUCUGCCUACCACAAAUGCAUAUAUUUAAAACUGGACCCCAAAAGUAUUAGUGUAGUUGUGAAGUUAAAACAAAGGAAAGUAGAAAGGAGCACUUAAUGGAAAUAGUGAUAUCUGAGAUGUAAUUCCCUGCCCAGAUUCAUCACUAGCUGUAUUCAUCCCAUCUCCUGCUGGGUAUGAAAAGAAAGAUUUCGUUGCCAGCAGCACAACCCCCCUCUCAGGAUUGAUUGUAUGGGUAUGAUAAUGGUAACAAUCAUUGAGAUGCCUUAAUCUCUGCAUAUAAAUACCUGAUACAGAUUAUGAUUAAUGGAAAAAUCUAUCAACAAGAGCCUGCACACUAGACUUCCACAGACAUUAGUUACAGUACCGACGUCAAUAAAUUUUGGGAAAAGUUUACCAGGGCAUGCUACAUCAACACUCAUUACCGCAUGCCCACAACCCUAACGAUCAAGAUACAGUCUUACCUGGGGAAAUCUAAGUUAAAGCUCUACUUUGAACUUGUAAUGUAAUCAUAUAUGAUAUACUGCAUCAUCUUAGUAUCUUAUAGAUUGGUUAUGUUUUGACUCAUUGUGUGUGUGUGUGUGUUUCUCAUUCUUGUGUAGAUUUGGAUAAUAGAUUGCCCCCUGGGCUAAGAGUGGACGAACCCUCUCUAUGUCGGUGUUGUUUAAAAGGGAUGCACCACUUUUAUCUGUGCCCGUAUGGAAAUAUUGUCCCUGAGGGUGCAAAAGUUGGCCAUGGCUUUAGCCUUUACUGCAAGGACUGUUGCGGGAAGGACUUCUGUCCUGAUGCAGAGCAGACUUGUGUGUGUUGUGGCGGUACAACUAAGAUGGCUGUUGAAAACCAGUGUUAUAUUUGCGGCGAAUGGGGAGACCACCUUGAACAAGAUUGCGGGUUAGCUGAAUUUGUGGAUUGGGAUGCUGUUAAUAAACGGACUUACAAGUGCCCGCCAUUGUUGGUUGGAGAUGAACUAGAUGAGGCACUCAGGCUCAAGGCAAUGCGGGAUAGAGCUCACUCAAGGCAUCAUCAGCACCUAGCUAGCUAGCUAGCUAGCUGGAAUUCUCAGGUACUAGGCCAUGAGGAAAGGAAAGGAGAUGUUUCAAAAUUAAACUGUUUUCUGACCAUAUCAUAACAUAACUUAUCCUCUGAGUUUAAUAUAACUUGUAUAAACUAAAGCUGUAGUAUCUUUGUUUGAUGCAUCAAUUUCUUAUAUUUCAUCUCCUCAUGCAUUCUGCUAAGUCUAUAUAACCCCCUAGACCUUGUACUGAUCCAACCCUGAAGGGACCAAUAU